CUGACAAGUAGACAAGUCAGACAAGUCGUGGAAAAAUUUUCUUCAGUUUCAAUUUUUCCACGUCAAAAUUUUUUCUGAGAUUUGCGCUGGCUAAAUUUUUGAAAGCCGUGAUUGUUAUAUUUUGAAAAUGUCCGAUUUGGAAGAUUGCUUGUUGGACAGGCUGCCAGACGAGGUGCUCGAAUUCAUUCUCUGCAAUGUUUCGCCCUAUCUGGAUUUGCAAAAUUGCGCUCUCGUUUGCAAAAGGUGGCGAGAACUUGUCAGAACUGUGAGGAGAAGGAUAAAGUAUAAUUUUCAUCAGGCCAUAGUCGAUUUCAAUAUUCGCUGGACAGAGAUCCCAGAGGUACACCAUUACGUACUCACAAUCGCCAAAAGGCACUCUCACUCGGCCUGCUGUUACGAUAACUCGAUGUACAUUUUCGGAGGCUGCACAUCAACCUCUUCAACUUACAACGAUCUCUGGAAGCUCGAUCUGACCAGGCGACACUGGGUGCGACCUCUCACCAUGGGAACCUACCCCACACCCAAAGCGUGUGCUUCGAUGGUUUGCUAUAAAGGGAAACUGAUCCUCUACGGGGGUUGGAGUUUUCCUUCUCCAUACCCUUUGCACCAAGAGGCGUACACUCUGUUCAACGAACUCCAUGAGUACUGCAUUGAGACCAACAGGUGGACUGCCAUUAACACAGUCACUUCUCCGCCGUCGGUUGCAGGUCACAGUGCCACCAUUCACGGCUCAAAGAUGGUUGUCUUCGGAGGAAUGAGAAAAAACUCUCCCUCUAAUUUUGAAAGAUCAAACCGAGUUUGGGUGUAUGAUUUUGAGGAAAAUGACUGGUACCACCAACCUACCUCUGAAGUCAAGCCAAAGCCUCGUUUUGGUCACACUCAAAUAAAACUGAGUGAAACCCACCUGCUCAUCAUUGGAGGUGGAAGGCAGUUUCCUGUGGUGUUUGACGACGUAUGGCUGCUAGACAUGAGCAAUGAAAAUCCAAAGGGAGAGUGGGUUUGGAGUCAAAUCGAAGUCAUUGGAAAAUACCUGCCCAACAAGGCCUGGUGCAAUUCUUCUGUGAAGGUUGGCCAGUAUGUAGUCACUUUUGCUGAAAACAUCCAUGCAACGGCUUUGCCCAUUCCAAAGAAAAAUUUCAAACUUGGCUCUAGUAUUUGGGUCCCUCCGCGGGAAGAUGAAGUCCCUAUCGAAGGGCCAGCACCAAAGAGAAAUCCUGUGGCAAGAGAUAGAGAUGUGAACGUCAACGGUCGAAGAGGAGUUUUUCAGAGGAGAAAUGCAAGUUCAAGCAGUGAAGAGAGUGAUGUUGAAAAUCCAGCCCUGGGGCAACCUCGUCCCAACAUUUCCAACCUGAAUCCCAGACCUGGUGUGUCAGCUAUAGCCCAGAAUGCUGGUAGACCUGCAGCGCAGCUAAAUCGUCUUAGAAACAGAGAAAGGCAACUAGAGAUUCUGAGGAGACAGGAGGAAAAGUUCAAGAAUAAGGGCCAGAUUGCCAAGCAACCAGUGGAAACGCCAAAGUCAAGGAAUACAAUGGCCAUGUAUGUGUUGGACAUUUCCGAAGUUCUCAGUCACAAGAGGGCCACGUGGUUGCCACCAAAAGUUUCUGCCGAGCCGCACCAUGCUCCUGAGAGCACUGUUCUCUACUCGCUGGUGCUUGGCAUGAGUGAGCUCAUCAUGUUUGGAGGCGUCGAGAAGGACGACCAGGAACUGAACAAUUACGAAAAUACAGCGUGCUCGCACUUGCGGAUUAUUUCAGCGCCAAAGGAUAUUAUCUAAGAAUAUUAUAGAAAAUAUUUGCAAAAUAAACAGCACCCAGUCAAACUUAACUAAGGAUUUU